CGACACUUGUCUCUCUCAACCCCUCAAGCCUCAAGCCAUCUGAAAGAAACACUCCUCACAACCAAACCACCCACCUGUCGGCAUUUCGAUCGAGCCAUGAGACAGGUACUCACUUCGCAGGUACUCCUGCUACUGUGCUUCUCCUCCUUGGGGUUUGCAGUGGACAGAGCCAAGUUUCGCACUUGUGACCAAACGUCCUUCUGCCGUCGUCAUCGCGAUGACCAUUCGUCUCGGUUGUAUCGCUACCGAUUGGUGAAAGACUCUGUGAUUUUCCAUGGCAUUCCCGAGAAGGAUGAGAAAGAACCCCCUGCUGAUACUGGCACCUUAAAGACUGGCCUUUGGAAAUCCUUGCAAAAGAAUCUGGGAUUGAAAGAUGCCAAGGACCAAGCCAAAGGACCGGACAUUUAUGUGCGAGGCACAGAGCCUACCGUCUCGGGUCUCUUGGUCAAUACAGCCUCAGAGACGUCGACGGGGCUCUCGGAACAACUCAAUUGGGCUAUUUACGCCAUGGCGGAUGGAGUCAUGAGGAUGAGAAUCACUGAAGUCUAUGGAAAACCAGGAUCUCCCCACGAAAAGGCGCGUGUCACCUAUGACGAUUUGGUCUUGACGCCUGAACAAAUGAGCACGGCUGGUCAUGCCACUUUGAUCCAAGGACCUGCAUCGGAAGGACAAGACAACGAACAUGUCGCCAUGCUGUCAAAGUUGCUCCCUCCUGAUGCGAAUUUGGAAAAUUACAUGGCUCUGCUUUAUGGAGACAGCGAAAGUGAACCAGGAAUGAUUCUCGUUGCGAGACUCUCGCCUUUUUCUGUUUAUUUAUUCCGAGAAGCCAACAUGCAGGAAGGACCCAUAGUCAUCUUGGGCGAUCAAAAUCGAAUGCACUUUGAAGUCAGACGCACCAAACAAGGGGCUCCGAAGCAAGAAGAAAAACCAACCGAAGAGGAAGGCAAAAAGGAAAGUGAAAAGGAAAUUGUUGGUUACUGGGAAGAUGGUCUCGCCAUUUACGCUGAUGGAACCCGCGAGGAAAAGAAAAAGGUCGAAGAAGAUCAUCGCAAGCUGACCGAAGAAGAACAAGGCGAGUUGGACAAGAAAGACAUGUGGGAGGAGAAAUUCCAAGAACACCAUGAUUCCAAACCCUAUGGUCCCAUGAGUAUUGGAAUGGAUAUCACUUUUCCCAAAUCCAGGCAUUUAUUUGGACUCCCGGAGCACGCUUCCUCCACCGUUCUCAAAACAACCCACGGAGACGGCGCACAUUACAGGGAUCCCUACCGAUUGUACAAUUUGGAUGUGUUUGAGUAUGAGCUGGAUGAGACUAUGGCAUUGUAUGGGCAUGUUCCCCUCAUUGUGAGUCAGUCAGUUGCCACCGGGACCACUGGUGUCUUUUGGUUCAACCCCACCGAAACAUUUGUCGAUAUCAUGGACGCCGACGGAGAUCAAUCGACAACAUCGCAUUGGAUGAGCGAGAGUGGAGUCAUGGAUAUAUUCUUGAUGCCAGGACCCAACCCUAGCCACCUCUACCGACAAUAUUCCAAAUUAACUGGAACCAUGCCUCUCCCGCCAAUGUUCAGCUUGGGGUAUCAUCAGUGUCGCUGGAAUUACAAAGACGAGCAAGAUGUCUACACUGUGCACGGAAAGUUUGAAGAAUACGACUAUCCAUAUGAUGUCCUGUGGUUGGAUAUUGAACAUACAGAUGGCAAACGAUACUUUACCUGGGACAAGCACACAUUCCCCAACCCCGUGGAAAUGCAAAAUACGUUGGCGGCACAGGGACGGCGUAUGGUAACUAUUAUUGAUCCUCACAUCAAGAGAGAUGACAAUUAUUACAUCCACAAAGAAGCCACCGCCAGAGGCCUGUACAUCAAAGACAAAAGUGGCAACAAAGACUACGAUGGGUGGUGCUGGCCUGGAUCGUCUUCCUACCUCGAUUUUACCAGCACAAAAGUACGAGACUGGUGGGCCUCGCAAUUUGCGUACAACAAGUACAAAGGCUCGACUACGUCCCUUUUUACUUGGAAUGAUAUGAAUGAACCAUCCGUCUUCAACGGUCCAGAGGUCUCCAUGCAAAAGGAUCUUCGCAACUUGAAUGGCGAAGAACACCGAGAGUGGCACAAUUUGUAUGGAAUGCUGUUUCAUCGUUCGACUGGAGAGGGUCAAAUUCGACGCAACUACGACGAGGACGUUCGCCCGUUCGUGUUGAGCCGCGCCUUCUUUGCGGGAAGCCAGCAAUAUGGAGCCAUCUGGACAGGUGAUAACAAGGCCGAAUGGUCGCACCUGGAGAUAGCUUCGCCCAUGCUGCUCAGCUUGAACGUUGCAGCGCUAUCAUUUGUUGGUGCGGAUGUGGGUGGAUUCUUUGGAAACCCUGACGCUGAGCUCAACACUCGAUGGAUGCAAGCUGCAGCGUAUCAGCCCUUCUUCCGAGGACAUGCCCACCAUGACUCAAAGAGGAGGGAACCCUGGGUGUUUGGGGAUGAAACUCUUGUGCGACUCCGCAAGGCAGCCAUGGAAAGAUAUGCUCUCCUUCCCUAUUGGUACUCUGUCUUCCAGGAGGCCGGUACAACUGGUAUGCCUGUGAUGAGGACGAUUUGGAUGCAAUACCCAAUGACCGAGCUCAUGUACAGCGUUGAUGACGAGUUCUUGAUUGGAUCCGAUCUUCUAGUCAAGCCCAUUACGGCCCCUGGAGUUACAGAAACUGAUGUUACUUUCCCCGGCACUGACAUUUGGUAUGAUGCAGAGAGAUUGAACCUUGUGUCAUCCAUUGCCCCUCUCAAUGGGUACGAGAAUGUCAGAAUCGCCUGCCCAAUUGAUGCUGGAACCCCAGUGUACCAAAGAGGUGGUUCCAUCAUCCCCAGGAAGCUACGCUUGAGGCGAAGCGCAAAGCUAAUGAAGAAGGAUCCCUACACUCUCUUUGUUGCUCUUGACGCGAGCAAGAAAGCCUCUGGAAGGCUGUACAUGGAUGACGAGGAAACGUUUGCACACUUGACAAGCGAGGAAUACGCCGAGGCCAAUUUCUCUGCCGACUUCAGUACUCACGCUGCUACUAUCAGCAACUCGGCUUCGGUUGGUGAUGGUUGGAUCGACAAUGUGCUGAACAUGUCCACUGACAGAGCCAUCGAACGAAUCAUUGUAAUGGGCAUUGACAGUGAACCCAAGUCGAUCGCACAGGACGAAGAACAAGUUCAAUUCCACUUCGUGCCCGAAAAUCGUUUGCUGGUCAUUAGGAAACCUUGGGUCUCGGCACUUCUCGAUUGGGAGCUGAUGAUUGCCUUCUAAGAAGUUUCAGUGGUGGGCCUUUCUUAAAGCACUAUUAUUAGAUGAUGGAAUGAUAGACUACGACAGGAAGGUGCACUGUACUCAGCGAAUACGAACCUGAACCCCGAGCGGAAAAGCCCAAGUAAGACCCCGUUUUUGUACG